AUGAAUGCUGCGCCUCCAUAUCAGUUUGAUUAUUUUUUAUUCACGCAAAUUUAUCCAACAGCUGUAUGCUAUAUGGAUAACAGUAGGAUACCAGGAAAAUGUAAAGUUCCUAAAGCAGCAUCAUCCUGGACGAUUCAUGGCUUAUGGCCAGCAUUAACUAAUAAUUCGAAAUAUGGGUUUUGUAAAGGUGAAAAGUUUAAUCUUUCAACUUUGACGACAAUUGUGAGCAGUUUAGAAAGGAAUUGGCCAAAUGUGUAUCCGGAGAAAUCGGAAUCUUCGCUUUGGUAG